AUGGUAGAUGAUUCCUCGUCAUUUGGGUUUUCUAUCUUAGAAAAGCCAGUGUCUCCAAUCACAAAGGAUGGAAUAAGGCUGAAUUCAACUCCCAAAACAUUUAUUGAUGGUGAAAACUCUCCCAUCGAUCCAACUUAUAUCCAAGUAGAUUAUAAUGAAGAAAUACGACAGCAAUCGACUCCAUCAGUAUCUAAUCAACCCAAUUUACAUUCAAUCCUAAAGAGUAGUCCUAGUAAUGGUAUUCAAGAAGGAAUUGAUACAUCACUACUGGAUUCCUUACUUGAUAGACAUCCCGAGUUAAAACUAGCAAGAGGUAAACGUGGAUACAAUCCAGUAAAAGGGGCUAGAGUGAUAUUUUCCCCUACCAAAGAGAUAUUAUCUUAUAGAACUGAUUAUUUUGAGGAUGGGGCUGAUGAUAAUUCUAGCUAUUUAAGAAACAUAAAACAAAAGCAUAACGUAUAUCAUGAUUCUCUUGAUGAUGAGAAUGAAGAAACUGAAGAUCAAUUAAGUUUAGAUUUGACUAAAGAAGUAAUGGAUAAGAGUCAACUCACCAACAAUGGAAACAGUAAUAAACUUGUUAAUCGAUUAAUGACUGAUGCAAAUAUUCCAUAUGUGCUAUCUUUAUAUUUACAAUUAUUGGUUAAUCUUUUAUUGAUAUCAAUUGUAUUAUACCUCAUAUAUAUAUUCAUCACCACUAUCAAGGAAGAUAUCAAUCAGAAAUUAUCCAUUUAUAUCUCAGAUGCGAUAGAAGAAAUUUCGUUAUGUUCUAGAGAGUAUUACAGCAAUAAAUGUUCAAUUGAGGAUGGCAAUAAACGAGUUCCUGCUUUGGAGCCAUACUGUACAGAAUGGAGCAAGUGUAUGAAUAGAGAUCCUCAAUUAAUAGGGAAAUCAAAAUUAACUGCCGAAACUUUCGCUGAUAUAAUUAAUGGAUUUGUUAAGCCGUUGAGUUGGAAAUCAUUAUUUGUGAUAACCUUAUUAUUAUUUGGAAGUUUAAUAAUAACCAACGUUGCGUUUGGUACUUAUAGAAGUGCGUCCCAUGUUAAAGACCAAAAUCAGUCCCCUGAUGAUAAUGAUAAGAAAAUUCAACUUUUGGAACUUCGACUCAAGGAGCAAGAAAUGUUGUUACUUGAAUAUAGAAAUGGUUCAUCUUACAAUGAUCAAGCAUCUGCCAAGAGAAACUCGUUCAAGUUGGAAUCACCGUCACAUAUAAAUAGAUACUCCAGUUAA